AAUAAAUAAUAAAUAACGAACACAUUAGGCGCACGACUUUUACUCAUGAUUUCCCAGUUUGCAUGCAGCUCAAGUCAUGAAAACUUGGAAAGUGGCUCAGUCUCACAAUUUCUUAUCGUCUGCGUUCUUACUUUCACUUUUAUUUCUCAUGUAGCCUAAACGACGCCAGGCACGAAAUAACGAAAUUAAUUUUUAGGAAAACGGGGAAAUCCUCUAUUUUAAAGGAGAACAGAGCGACGAAGUGUUGAUAUCGAUACACACAGGUGAAAAAAAAUACAUUACAUAACGUUAAUCAUCUUAAAAAACGACAGUGUAACUGAGACUCUUCUCACGAACUCUGUUGUUAGUUACACUUCCUGUGUGCUCGAGCUCCGUACACAAACGGUCGGUGGACAGGACAACGACUUUUACGUACUUUUGGUUAUUAUAAUGAGGAAGUGUUUAUAGGUGGCAGCCCUGAAGGAUGGCAGAGGAAGGCCGCACGGUGUGCGUUCACGGUUUACCAACAGACGUGGAUCACGAACGGCUCCGGGACAAACUACUGAUUCACUUCCUACGCCAGAGGAACGGAGGAGGAGAGGUCACGGCCGUCACUAUCAUCGCGCGGACACCUCCGCGUGCCCUCAUCACAUUUGAGGAGAGCACAGUGGUCCAGAGCGUACUUCGUCAUCAUCCUCACAUUUUACUGCUAGAUGGCAUAAAAUAUGAACUCACCCUGAGUCUACCAAGACAAGAGUCCCAGAGUCUAAAUAAGGUGAUCCUCGAUAUGACUGUGACUAUAGAUUGCAGUCAGCUUCCUCGCGGUGCAGAGACUCUGAAUGUACUGCGCAGUGAGUUUCCUGGUCUACGUAUGCAACUUGGCUUAUUGCAGGACACGUGCACCUUGCAAGGCAACUACUCUGAUUUUCAAGGCGCCUUUCCUUAUAUGCAGACGUUAUUUAAUAAUCACCUUUCAAAAGCCGAAUAUCCUAAUUUUAGUGGAGACCGAGGUCAAAGUCUUGAGAAGAGGGAAGACCUUGCAAGUGUAAAGAAAUGGGCCAGCUUUGCAUCCCGGUCUUCAGGAGAUAUCAGCUCUAUAUCCAUGGCAGGUUUAGGACAUGUGCACUACGGACGGCAAGACAGCAAUGAAGCCCUCACUGAACGCAUUACUCGGACUAAGAAAAGCAAAAUGGAGGAGGGGGCAGAGUGCAGGAAAGAUGAAGAUAAUUUGGAGGAUCUUUCGAUCAUCAUGGAAGCUGAUGUGUUUGGGUACCUGCAAAGCAUUAAGGAGUACAAGCAAAUACUGCAACUUCAUGGAGUGCAAGUGGUUCACCUUACAUCCGAGGGGGUCACCACCCUGUACCUACAGUCAGAGGUCCCAACCGGGUUAGGGGUUAAACAGAGCAUGCGUCAAGCCCAUAAGGAGCUCAGGCAGCUUUAUCAACAGUUAGAGGGUUGUCUGAGAAAAGACCAGAUUAAAAAGGGUGCUCUUUACAUGCCAGACGGACUGAAUUCCGCAUUAAAAAAGGUGCAGUUAGUACUGCCUAAUGUUCUGCUUAGCUAUGACCAGGACAGCAUUUAUAUAGUUGGAGAAAAAAGGGAGGUGUCUCAGGCCAAACAAAUGCUACUGCUUGGGGGGGAGGAAGACGUGAGGCGGAACUUGACGGAAAUGCCAGCAUCCUCUUCCAGUUCUCCAUCAGCAUCCCUUGAAUCCUUGGAGAGAGAGCAACAGGUUAAGAGAAAAAGUGAAGUACACACUCCAGUGCCCCCUAAGCUGAUUGGUUCUCGCACUGAACGAAAAGGGGACGUUGGGAAUACAAAAGAAUACAAACUAGCGGCUCGGUUUAAAAGCUCUGGGCUAGGAGAGAUGGGUGGAGACAUAAAGAGUCUCACAACUAAAAUGGACAUGCUAAUGUUAGACCCAACACCACCCAUAAGGCCUUCGCUUGGCACUGCAGGCGUACUCAGUAAUGAACUGACAGGGGAAGGAACUGAAACAUUCAGGAUGACAAGUCCAAGCUGUACAGGAGAGGAUGUCCUGUUUAAAAACCAAGACACGCUAUCUGGGAAUACAUUUGGUGGAACCACCUUCAACACAUCCAAGGCCAAACCAGCUACUGCAGCUGGACUCACUUCAACAUUGACCACAGGAGUCAAAGUUUCAGUGAACACAAGUGUGAAUGCCCUAUCAGCCAGUAAUACUGAAGUGAAGACAGCUGCUCCCUCCUCAACGUCACUGCCCACUUCCAAAUCCCCCUUAAGGAGAGCCAAUAGUUUCUCAGGUCGGCCACACCUAAAAGAUCAGGUGAAAAAUAACCAGAUUACAGCUAAGCCAAUGAUUAGCACACAUGCUUAUCAAAGAGCAAGAUCCAAUAGCCUCAGUGGUGGAAAUUCCUUCAGUCCGAUUCCUUCAGUGGAAGCAGAACUAACUGUGUCUUGUGUAAUGUGGAUGUACAUGAAGGAGGCCUAUGGCAACCAACUGGAUGCUAUGAAAUCUGGCUUAGAAAUGACUGAGAAACAAGCAGGCAAAAGUGAGACGAGCGUGACACUCAAGGGAACAGAUUCAUCGAAGGUUGGAGAAAGUCAUCGGCAGCUUCAGAAUCUAGUGGCUAUGGUAGCCAGCGACUUUUGCUUUCAGGAGUUGAGUUUGACAGAGCUUGGUGUGGUUGAAAAAGAUAAACUGUUUGAAACCUGCUGCUUGAAUGUGCGGUCACGUUUUCGCAAGGUCAUCUUGCACAACAUGAGGAACAGCAUUUACUUGCUUGGCCCAAAAUUGCUCUGCUCUCAAGCCAGUGAUAUAUUUAAGGACAUAUAUCCUGGGCAGAAGUCUCCUUCCUUACCACAGAUGAAGACCUUGCAGGAGGGUGUAGAUCAAGGAGCAGCCAUGUCUUCUUUGAGCAUACGGUCAUCAAAAGCGGAUCACUCUAAGUCUGAUCAAAGUCUGAAGGAAUUUCCUUUUCAGGAUACAAGUCAAUUGGCUCAGUCUAAUAGCAGCCAUAAGAGUGAAGGACAAUCAACCAAACCGAAAUCGGCUACAUUGGAAAGGUUGGAAAACUCUAGAUCUACUAAGGAUGAAUUAAGCAAGACAAACUCACAAAGCCAAUUUACUUAUGCCAGAGAAGACGCAACAAGACAAAAAAAUUAUGGGCCAACUUCUUUACCACUUGAAGCAUACAAAAAACAAGAUACCUCAAUGACCUUGAAACAGACCAACCUGCUGUCAUAUAUUGUUUCAGAACAAUGCUUGUGUGGAGCAAAUAAUGCAAAUGUGAAACGGACCACCUGUGGUAUCAUCCUUUGCUCUGACUGCCUACAACUGCAUAAAUACUGCCGAGUGUGUGGAAAAGAAGAGAUGAUCUCUGAGAAGAAGGUUCUGGGGGAUCCGGUUCAAAGUUGUAGCUCAAAAGAUACACAACAGGAACAUCAGACUCAAGAGCAGCAUUCACGACAAGAGGACAGCAAAGAACAUAAGGGCAUCCAAGGCACUAUGACAUGUGUGGAGUUGACUUUGAGUCUUCCAGGCUAUAACAAAUACACAACGGUCAAGAUCACAUACUGCAUACCUGAUGGCAUACAAGGGGAUAAGGAUCCCUGUCCUGGGUCACCAUUCGAGGGUGGUCAAUUUGUGGCUUAUCUGCCACUCAACCCAAAGGGACGGAGUUUAUUGCCUUGCCUGGAAAAGGCAUUUAAUCAAGGCCUAACAUUUACUGUUAGCUCAAGCAAGAAGGCUGGUGGUGAUGCAAAAGUAACCUGGGGCAGGAUCCCCCACAAGACCAGGGUGGAUGGAGGAAAGAGUGGUGGAUAUCCAGACUCGACAUACCUUACUCACUUGUGUGAGGCACUGGUGGCUCGUGGGAUUGAUGGAGUACCUGCAAUUAGUCAAGAGCAAGCCAAAUCCUGACCGUGAGAAUAACAUUAAAACAUAAAAACCACAAAUAAUUAGUAAACUCUGCAUACUUCUUUUUAUAUAUUUCCUUCCUAGAAAUGUAAAUCAAGUAACAAUCAAUGUAAAUAAUCUAAAUAUAAUACUGAUUGUAAAAGACUACUUAAUCUUUUUAUUUGAAUGUUUAUGCACUAUUCCUGUUAACAGUUAUUGUUGUUGUUUUUGUACUUUUAUACUCAUUUUAGAGUGCCAUUUUCAUUCUAUAAUCAUGUUUUAAUCUGCAUCAGUAAUGCUCAACAUAAUGCUCUGUAUAUUCUGAAUCAGUUGAGUAUGCUUUUAAUUGAACAAUGAUCUCGUUUUAGAGGUUGUGUUUGUUAGUCACUUUGUAAUUAAAUUCAACACUCCAGCAAAUCUCUGAUCUGUCAAACUGUUUCACCUACUCUGGCUUUUAUAAGUGGUAUGAAUAUUGAAUCUGUGUAUUAUUUUGUUGUAAAACCGUAAGGAAGGUGCAUCAUAAUAUGUAAUAGAUUUUGAAUAAGCAUGGCUCGCUAGAAUUUUUAUUUUUGUUUUUUUUUGUAAAACAUGCGAUCACAAUGCUAGGGCAUUAUGGGUAAUGCAAAAGUGUUAAUUCGAUUUUAGGGUUAUUAUGGCAUUGUAAGUUUUCAAAGGUGCACUGAAUACUCAAUGGUUAUCUAUUCUGAACUCUUGUCUAAUAUUACCUUCUUCAUUUUUGAAUAACCCUGCUUAAUGAUAUGGCUCAUAUGUCUGUAGGCUAAAUAAAAUUCAUUCCAGUAAAAUGAGUUUUUACUGUGCAU